AUGACGUCGAACGCGAGCUCGCAGGCCGAUGUGACGUCAGUGACGCUGGAUGGUGUCGCGCAGCUGUUUGAGCACCGCUGGAUCUUCUUCUUCGUGUUUUUCGCGCUGUACGUGUUCGUGCUGGUCAGUGACGUGCUCGUGAUCUACGUCAUCUGUUCUCAGCGCAGCCUCCACCGGCCGAUGUUCGUGCUCGUGGCCGCGGUUCUGUUGAACUCUCUCACCGGCAGCGCGGCCGUUUAUCCGCGGCUGCUGUCGGACCUGGCGUCGGGCCUGCGGCAGGUGGAGGUGCCGCGGCCGGUGUGUGUGAGUCAGGCCUACGUGUUGAAUUCCCUUGGCUCAUCCAGCUUCAUGCUGCUGGCCGCCAUGUCUCUGGACCGCUACGUGUCCAUCUGCCGCCCGCUGCGCUACGCCGCGCUCAUGUCGCGUGCCGCGCUAGCGGCGCUGCUGCUGCUGUGUUUCCUGCUUCCUGCCGCUCUGGUGGGCGGCGCGGCGCUGCAGGCGGCGCGUUUGCCGCUCUGCCGCACGCGGCUCCGCAGACUUUACUGUGACAUGUACAGCUUCCUCAGUCUGAGCUGCGGCGGCGGGGCCGCGCUGCUGCUGCAGGUGUACGGCCUCCUGUGCUCCGCGGCCACCAUGCUCGUUCCCGUUAUCUUCGUGCUCGUCACUUACGGUCGGAUCUUCUUCAUCUGUUUGCGCGACUCGCGCACGAUCAACAGCAAAGCGCUCCAGACGUGCGUUCCUCACCUGCUCGUCCUCAUCAACUACUCAGUCGUCGCCGGGGUCGAGCUGCUGCAGCGCCGCCUGCAGGGCGGGAGCGAGCCCGAGGCCUCCGUCCUCAGCUCCUUGCUCGUGCUCAUUAUUCCCACAGUGUGUAACCCGCUGGUCUAUGGACUGAAGGUGAAGCAGAUCCUCACGCCCCUGAAGAGACUGCUGAGGAUCAGCUGA